UUUUUUUCGUAAAACGAAAGGGUUCUUAAGUGUUGAUGAUGUUAAUAGGAUCUCAAUCUGUCCCUCUCUCAUGUCUGAAAUCCGUUCGAUUUCGAUAUCUGGUGCAGCUUCCGAUGGCGAGCGAUUCAUCUCUCAAUUUCCCAAACCCCAGCAGAGCAAACUAGAAAAGCACAUCUAUUGAGAGAGGGUAAAGGGGAAGUUUUUAGUUAUUCGAUUGUGAUCGAACUCUUUGUUUUGCUCCUCCGGACCCCUUCCCCUCUCUCUCUCUCUCUCUCCUCUUUCUCUUUUUUCUCUUUUUUUCUCUUCUUUUAUUCUUCUCUUGUCUACCGGUGUUGAAUCUUCCAAGAAAAUCGAGAAUGAAGUGAGAAAGAGGGGGAAGAAUCCGAAGAAAAGUAGGAAACGCGGAAUAACGAGUCAACGACUCGUCAUUGUUUUAACGUAUUUUUCUGCGUUGCAUCUCUUCUUGCAUUAUCCCUUUGUAUGAAUGGAUUUGGAUAACAUUGAAUGUAUCUCGUCCUCUGACGGGAUCGACGAGGAAGAGAUCCAUCAUCACCAGUUCUCGACCAAGCCUCACAACAAUAUCGUUUCCCCGGCGAUAUCUCCGGCCACCAGUGUCCAUGAGUUACUCGAGUGCCCAGUCUGCACCAAUUCCAUGUACCCACCCAUCCAUCAGUGCCACAAUGGCCACACACUGUGUUCCACCUGUAAAACAAGGGUGCAUAAUCGAUGCCCCACUUGUAGACAGGAACUUGGAGACAUCAGGUGUCUAGCUUUAGAGAAGGUGGCUGAGUCGCUUGAACUACCCUGCAAAUACUGCUCCCUGGGCUGCCCAGAGAUCUUCCCCUACUACAGCAAGCUCAAACAUGAAGCACAGUGUAACUUUAGACCAUACAACUGCCCAUAUGCUGGAUCAGAGUGCUCCGUUAUGGGGGAUAUCCCCUUUCUUGUUGCCCAUCUGAGGGAUGAUCACAAGGUUGACAUGCACUCUGGAUGCACAUUUAACCAUCGUUAUGUCAAGUCUAAUCCACGUGAAGUUGAAAAUGCCACCUGGAUGCUUACUGUCUUCAAUUGUUUCGGUCAGUACUUCUGUCUGCACUUUGAAGCCUUCCAGCUUGGCAUGGCUCCUGUGUACAUGGCAUUCCUCCGUUUUAUGGGAGAUGAGGCCGAGGCUCGGAACUUUAGCUACAGCUUAGAGGUUGGUGCGAAUGGCCGUAAACUUAUAUGGGAGGGCACCCCAAGGAGCAUCCGCGAUAGCCAUCGGAAGGUCAGGGACAGUCAUGACGGCCUCAUUAUCCAGCGGAACAUGGCGCUUUUCUUCUCCGGUGGGGAUAGGAAAGAAUUGAAGCUACGGGUUACAGGGCGCAUCUGGAAGGAACAACAAAACCCAGAUGCUGGUGUAUGCAUUCCUAAUCUUUGUAGCUGAAAUUCAUGUGAUUACCAGGCUCAUUGUAUCAUGCUGUUUGUGCUAACCCAUGGGACUACGGUUUUACUGGUUCUUGGUCAUGUUUGUUCCAAAGCUCUCUUUUCUUUGUCUUUCUCUCUGCGUGUUUAUCUGUGUGCCAACUUUUCUGGUAAAGUAAUUAUGUACGAGAUGCUGGGGAACCGUGAAAGAUAUAUAAAUGGAAGUUGGAGGUUUGUUC